CUGUUUCCAGCCUCACCUUUUGAUCUGCACUUGGUUUUAAGCUCCUGUCACCAUGCCUGCUGAUUACAAUGGGACAUGGGAAAUGGAAUCCAACGAAAACUUUGAAGGCUACAUGGUUGCUUUAGAUAUUGAUUUUGCGACUCGUAAAAUUGCAAAGCAUUUGAAACAAACAAAGGAGAUUAUUCAAGAUGGAGAUAAUUUUAAAACAAAAACACUCAGCACUUUCAGAAACUAUGAACUGAACUACACCGUGGGAGUGGAGUUCGAAGAAUAUACCAAAGGACUCGAUAAUCGAGUGGUAAAGACACUAGUGACCUGGGAUGGUGACAAACUGGUAUGUGUUCAGAAAGGUGAAAAGAAAAACAGGGGUUGGAAGCACUGGAUUGAAGGAGACAAACUUUAUCUGGAACUGACAUGUGAAGACCAGGUGUGCCAGCAGGUAUUUAAGAAGAAAAACUAAAACUGACCAGAAACCCCUCCAGAUCUUCAUCAUACUAUUUUGUUAUCAUGUUUUGCCUUAAAAAAAAAGAACCAAACCAGAUUUGCAAUAAAAUUCUUUGACACUGCCAUGUGAAUGCAUUUUUGAGUAUGCUUCUGGAGACAAACAUAUUUUAUCAAAAUAACAUGAAACAGCUAU